GUAUAGAAUAGCAGGUACUUCAGUGUGAAUCGAUCAUUCAGGGUUCGACUCCCGAACGGUUUACAUCGUCUGUUUGAGGUUUUUUUUUUCGAGUUUGGUUCGUUUUGUAAAAGAUUUUAUGUUCUGAACAUUAAGUUGAUGUUGUCGAGCUUAUAUCGCAAGGCAAUCGCGUAAAGAUUUUGUGUUUUUGAGAUUUAAUUUAUCGAAACGAAAGAGUGUCGCAGUGCAUUCGAAUAAAAGCAACAAUUAUGGUCAACAUGGAUAUUAAUGACCAAGUGAAAAAUUAUAGCAAGUGUCCGUUAAAGAAACGACCAGUUUUGAUUGACCACGAAGAACAGUGCGAACCGGAAAAUCUUAGCACUAAGCCAGAAGACUUAUCCCGUAAAAGUUCUUCGUAUGCCAUUCAGCCGAAAGUACAAAGACCAGACAAUCGUGACAGAGUGUCUCCAAUUGAAGUGCCAUCAACCACAACUCCAACAUUGAAACCUGACAUUCCGAUCAAACAGGAAGCUGAUGUUAGUGCACCGAUAUAUUAUCCAGAAAUCAUUGAACCUAUUUUCAAGCCAUGGGUCAGUCCAUUAACACCGCCAAGUUAUUUCCCAGCCACACCGAAUGAAAACAUAGAUCCGGCCUAUUAUCCGUCUCCGUCGUACUCCAGCAAAUUUGAAUCACAAUAUCGGUACAGCAAGGACGACAGCCUCUACAAGACAAAUGUUCCUAUGUACAAUCCCUACACAUCCUCAUCACUGGACUUAAGAACCAAUUUCAACAACAAUAUCAUCAAACCAGAAGCAUAUCCAAAACGAUUCACACCGUAUCGAGUGGAUCAGCAUCGACCAUUGUUCAAUCUAUUCCCAUUGUCACCAGCGUCCAGCCAAGCAUCGUCAUACCAUUCAUACGAAUCACCCAGACGAUCAGUUUCUCCAGUUUCAACAAACUCAUCAUUGUCCGAAAAUUUACCAUCAAACUAUUCCGUCUUCCGUGAUCUAUCAUCGCUAAGCUUGGAACAGAAGCAGCAGCACCAAAAAUCAAAGACCGAAAAAUCGACAAAAAGCGCUCACUACCAAUGUCCGGAUUGCUCCAAAUCGUAUUCGACACAUUCGGGCCUAUCAAAACACUUACAAUUCCACUGUCCAGCUGUUGAAGGCAACCAAGCCAAAAAGAAUUUCUCCUGCAAAUUAUGUGAUAAAGUGUACACAUCGUUGGGUGCGCUGAAAAUGCACAUUCGAACACACACGCUACCGUGCAAGUGUGAUAUAUGCCACAAGGCAUUCUCGCGUCCAUGGCUACUGCAGGGACACAUUCGUACACACACUGGCGAGAAACCGUUCAGCUGUCAGCAUUGCCAUCGGGCGUUCGCCGACCGAUCAAAUCUACGGGCUCAUCUGCAAACGCAUUCCGAAAUUAAGAAAUAUUCGUGCACAACGUGUAGCAAAACAUUCUCGCGGAUGUCGCUGUUGACCAAACACAUCGAGGUCGGUUGUCCGGGUGUGCCGAUGGAACGAGGCUUAGGGUAUGGUUUGAAUCAGAUUGUUCCGCAAAGUAAUGACAUUCAAGUGUAUUGAGGAUAGAGGAGGAAAUUUUUUGAUGAUUUAAUGAAAGUGAAGACUGAUCGUACGUACAUUUU